AUGAUUCGAGUAUGGAAAGCUUCCGGAGAAAGUGCGGCCACGAUACCCUCGGAGCUGGUCAGCGACGUUCGGAGCUUGAAGGAGCACUUGCACGAGCUCUGUGGGGUUCCCCGGUUCCGGCAGCGGCUACUGCAAGAAAGCUGUGUCCUGGAAGAUGCUGCGAGAGUGAGCUCAGAUGUUGAUGUUCAGCUGGUGGUGCUUCCUUUCACAAGGAAGCGGGUGGAUCUUGCUGCUGCGGUUGGUUACGAAUCAGAGGAGGGUGUAGAAGGAUUACUUCAGUAUCUUUGUGAUCCGAAUACAAGAAACGACGAUGGCAUUCCGUGCCUUCACCUGGCUGCUCGAAAUGAAGAUUCUGGCGUCGUCCAGGUUCUCUUGGAGGCCGAGGCUGACCUCGAGAAAGAGGACCAGCAUGAUGGCGUUACGGCUUUGUACGUGGCUGCCAUGUAUGGCAGUUCGGAAACGAUGAGGGUCCUUUUGGAUGCUGGAGCGGACAAGGCCAAGGCAGUACGCUGUGUGUGCGAAGUGAUGGGCACGGAUGGCUUUGACUUUGAGGACCUGGAUGUGAAAAAGGGCCGGUGGGCUCUUGAGCAACUGCUGCAAGCGCAGGCGGACGUGAACCUCGCCGACCGCUCCGGGAGGACGCCACUCCAUCUGCUUUGUGCUACUGUCCCAGGCUAUGGCAAAGGCAUCGGCGAGGUCGUAGGUUGGUUGUUAACGGUCCGAGCAAACCCGGGCUUAGUUGACAACGGAGGAAGGACGGCACUUCAUGAGGCUGCGGCGAGCAACCAUGUAGGGACCGUGAAAAGGCUUUUAAAGGCUGGGGCUGGAAGAGAUGCUGUGGACAAUGCAGGCCAGACACCUUUGAUUGUGGCAGCUAUCAGCAGCAAUCUCGACGUUGCACGCGUGCUGGUUCUGGCGCGGGCAGACAAGUCCGCAGCAGACAGGACCGGCAAAAGAGCAUUUGACCACAGCUCUACGAAGGCUAUGAGGAAGCUUCUUGCACAAUAA